CCCCCUUCGAGCUUCCGGCCAGCUUCGAGGCCCUUCUCCAUGGAGACACCCUGCGGCCUCCCCAGCCGAAAGGACAACAAGGUCGUGUUCGUCUUGGGAGCGACCGGCUCCGGAAAAUCCAAGCUGGCCAUCGCCCUCGCCACCCAAUUCGACGGCGAAAUAAUCAACUCCGACAAGAUGCAAGUGUACGGCGGCCUCGACGUGAUCACCAAUAAGGUGACCAAGGAGGAGUCCGCCGGCAUCCCCCAUCACUUGCUAGGUGUCGUCCACCCGGAUGCCGACUUCACCGCGUUAGAUUUCCGCCGCGAGGCCGUGCAUGCCAUCGACUCCAUCCUCGGGCGCGGUCGCGUCCCCAUCGUCGCCGGCGGCUCCAACUCGUACAUUGAAGGGCUGGUCGACGGCGAGGGCGGCGAGUUCCGGUCCCGGUACCAGUGCUUGUUCCUGUGGGUGGACGCGGCGCUGCCGCUCCUCCACUCCUUCGUGUCGGCACGGGUGGAUAGGAUGGCGGAGAAGGGGCUGGUGGAGGAGGCGCGAAGCUUGUUCCACGCCAAUGCGGACUACUCCCGCGGUAUCCGGAGGUCGAUCGGGGUGCCCGAGAUGGACCAUUACUUCCGCAUGGAGGCAUCGGCGGACGAGGAAACCCGGGCCAGGAUUUUGGAGGCGGCGGUGGAUGAGAUCAAGGCCAAUACAUGCAAGCUGACCUGCAUUCAGCUGCAGAAGAUCCACCGCUUCUGCACCCUCCCUGGUUGGGACCUGCACCGCAUCGACGCCGGCGAGUUCUUUCUGAAGCGAGGCCAGGAGGGGGAGGCCGAGGCAUGGGAGAAGGUGGUGGAGAGUCCCAGCACGGAGAUCGUGCGAAGAUUUCUGACCGGGGCCGGUGGGGUUAAGCAUAUGGCUGGUGAAGAAGGAACCGCCGACGAUAACAAGCAGGAUAACGGUGAGGUUGCCGAUAAACAUGGAACCGCAGGGAAGUACAAGGAUGAGAAUUGCGAGGUUAAGCAUGUGGCUGGUGACGAUGGAGCCACCGAUCGCAAGAACGCGGAUGAAAACGGGAGUGAAGCUGGUGCCAAUGGAGAAGGACCCAAGAACGUGGUUAAGGAUGUGAAGUGUGAGACUGAGACUGGUCAUGUUAAUGGAAUAGCAGCCAACCGUGAGGUUUAAUCUGCCAUGGACAAACCUUAUGCUUAUGA